AUGCAGACUGGUUUUCGAAUCGGUAUUGAACUAGAGGUUUUACUCAGCCACCGUAAAAAGACCAGGGAUCAGUUCGAAGAUCUUGAAGCUUUCGCGAAUGCUCUAAUUGUUGAUUUGGAAACGGUCCAUUCUCGCGCAAGCCGUCGUCCUCGGCCUCGAGUCCACAAUGAUGUUGACGGUGUUUACGAAGGGGAGGAAGAGAUUGAGUGGUCUCUCACGGAUGAUAUAACAAUCAAGCCAGAUAACAGCAAUCAAUGGCCGCUGGAACUUGUUUCUCCAAUUCUCUCCUACAAUAAGCAAGGUGAUUGGCGAGAACAUGUCCGAGAACUAUUGAGAUCUGUGAGAAAGAUUUGUCGAAUUGAAAGCAAUGCCUCAUGUGGUUUUCACGUGCACAUCUCACCUCCAGAAGGCACAUCCUGGGAUCUUGACAGCCUUAAGUCAAUCUGCCGUGCCAUAUUCUAUUUUGAGGGCGCCAUCAACACUAUCCUGCCGGCUAAUAGACGAAACAAUGAGUAUGCUGCCAGCAAUCUCCGCGAGAACUCACGCCUGCGAGGGAAGGAUCUUAGGAAUUGCCUAAAAACCAUCGAUGACUGUCAAAACAACGUUGAUUUCGCAGAUUUGAUGAAUGACAAUGGAAAGAGAUACUUUGCUUGGAAUUUCACGAACCUUUACUGUGGUGGAAAGUAUACCGUUGAAUUUCGCCAAGCACCAGGAGUGUCUGAUGAAUCAGCAAGUCUGCCAUGGAUAGAAUUUGUGGUGUUGUUCAUCAAUUCUUCACAGGGGAUUUCAAAUCCCCAACAGCUAUCUCGAUUUUCUCAGGAUGUUCGUGGUCUACUAGGUUUCCUCAGGGAGUUUGAUAUGCCUGACUCUGAUCACGCAGUUCUUCACAAUUUAUUCCGAGGAAAAACUGGCUUGAUUGAUCCCGCCCCUACAAAAACACUCACCACAGAGGAAAGACAGAAUUUCAUGGCAAAGGAGCGAGAAGCAAAGGCUAAAAACUUAAUCAUGAAGAAGCUACAAAGCACAUGA